UUUAGACAGAAGCUUCAGCUUUGUGAGAAACGGGACUCCAGCUCCAUCUGUCGGACUCUCUCUGAAUGAUAGCACACGGUUGAUCCGCGCUUGUGCCUCAGGAGAGAUACGGAGAGAUAGCGCGCCUGCAGGCGCGCGCUCGUGCCCCAGGGAGUGAGACAGAGACUUUGUAGUACAACAGUACAACAGACUUUCAAAACACGUAGUUCUUUAUAUAAUAUACAUAUUCUAAGGUUGAAAAACAUUCUGUUCUUUUAAAAAAAGGUUAUAAAUGAAACCGUUAUAAAAAAAUAUACUGAAACCGACUGUUUUCAGAUAAAACGAGAUCCAUGUUUAGAGAGCUGAAAGGAGUUGUUUUCACAUCACCUUCCUGACCCGCAAGUAUUCACAGCGUCUUCUUUUGCACGCUACACUUCUCUUUCUUCCGAAUUUACUACAAAAUCAUAAUAUCUUCAAAGACAUUGCUAAUUAAAACUAACGUAUCUCACGAAGGAGUACCAUGUUUUUGACAGUUUUCUGACGGCUGCAUCUGUGAAUUACGGUGGGCGAGCGGCUAGCAUCUCUUUGUACCCCUCUAAUUUAUGACGACAUGCGCGACCCUGGUUCAGUUUCCCACCUUUUGAACAAGUUCAUUCAUAGAACAAGGAUGACACCUAGUGGUCACUCAACACCGAUUUUCUUUCACAGCGCCCCUUAUAAACCUAUUUAUACGCGUUACAAACCAUCACUUUGAAGCAGAAAAACUUUUUGGACGACUCUCCAAGACAUUUGCUUUCCAAGACAAUGGAUCAAAGUUCAAAUAUUGAGCGCCAAGCCUUUGACGCUAUUAAUACACAGGCCGCGAUUGAUCCAGACAGCGCAGCCGAUGAUUUUAUCCAAUUCAUCACACAACCCGCCUUUCAGACAGUUAUCGAUCUCACGCAAGAUGGCGACGAAGAUCCCACCGUCAACGUAACAGACAACAUCCCGCCUGAUUCCGCUCCGGCCCACAUCGAGAAUCCAAUAGGAUCCUGCGACGAAUCACUCCCUGGACCCGCUGACGAACCAGCGAGAAAGAAGACUAGAAAAACGAAUCGCCCCACCUCUCCGGGCAGUCCUGGACCGUGUGACGAACCACCAAGAAAGACUUAUCGUUUUACAGCGGUGGUCCGACCUGAAUCGAACGGCGAACUACCGAGAAAGGCUUAUCGUUUUACCCCGGCGAUCAGUCCCGAGAGCCCUCCAGAGAGGAAAACUCUCUGUCCGGUACCACCGAACAGCCCGGCGACCAGUCCUGAGACCGAUCUGUUUUAUGCAGACUCGAGUAGAAGCCAUAAGGAUGACGUGACUACCUGGGGCAUGUCUCAAAUCGAUGCCUGGGACCAGAGUUCUUGGACGAGCGAGCGUGACGAGGUGUCUACCACCAACGUGGGUCAAACGCCAUAUCCUUCUCCCUCACCGUCGUCCGAAGAAGUAGAAGUGGAAGAAGUGCCGGCGCCUCAGCCGCUUGAUGAAUCAUGCGACGAUCUGCCUCCAUGA